AGGGGAGUACAUGAGGGGGAUUAAAAGAGAAAGAGACCUGAAAGAGACAUUAUUGGCCUCGGAUUGAAUUCUAAGGACACCAGGUGGUGUUCUUAUACAACGUGAGGUCUUGCCUGCUUAAUCAAAAGGAGAAUGUCUUUUAUUGGUCGCCUCAAGCUUUGGUGGCUUUCAGACCUUAUUUCCCCUCCUACAGGCUCUUUUUAUGUCCCUGAGCUUGUGGGCCUGUUGGGUUGGCUUAGGUGGUACAAGAUUAGAGCUGAAGAGUGCCACAGGGCCAUGAUUACACUCUGUGGGGUUUGUUGGCUCACAAUAGGUACAGGACUUUGUGUUGGUUAGGUGAUGAAAUGAGCAUGCUCAGAAUUGUAAGAAGAAGCGAAAACAAUCGCCUGUGUAAAUCUGGAAUCCCCUUUUAACCCCCUAUGAAUUAAUGUAAAUUAAUAACAGACUAAGAGAUUUAUACAUAGUGUCACACAAGAUGUUUAGUUUGAGUUUUUUAUGUCAUACCAACAAGCUUGACUUACAGUUACAGUACAGUCUGUGUGGAGUUCCACAUGUUCUAGGUUUCCUCCUGGUUCUCUGGUUUCCUCCCACCAGCAAACUGUGUGCUAAACUAAACUAAGCUUAAGUGUGAAUCAGUUUUGAAUGUGUAUAUGCAUGAAUACGACUCCAGGGAUUAAGUAGCCAAUGAACUACUGAGAAUAUACAUUGCAUAUAAAACCAAUUGUGGCUUAUGUGCUUUAUAACAUGUAUGACUAUUUACAUAUUUUUUUCCAAAUUGUGUCUUAAAUUAAAUUAAAUUUUAUUUUAAUUAAUUAAAUCCUUUUUACCUAAAUCUCAGUCAGUACAAUCUCAACUUAGAAUGAAAGAAGUCAUCAACAAACAUUAAGUUUGUUGCCUCAAUAAACAGGAAAGUUUUUUACAUUUUGAACCAAAUUAUCAACACAUUUUAAUUAUAAUAAAUCAGCAAUGGAUGAUCUAAUCUCUUCAAGUGAUCAGACUUGUAACAGUUACAUGUGCAGAUUGUUAUGUCUGAUAUAACAUAGUAUCAUAUAAUAGUGAUGUCAUGUAGAUAAUUAUAUAGCAAAUGCGAGCUAAAUCUGAAUGUGAACUUGACUAAAUUAUAUAAUUUGAAGCAAACAACAGUCUAUUUACAUCUCAGUGUAAUAUUUAAACUUACAGAGAUUUAGGUCUCAGUAUAAUGCCAUGACAUGAUAUAUUUCAAUGAAUACAUUUCUCUGUCAUGCUAAUGCCAAUCUGACAUCAUAAUUCUAAUAUGACAUCAUUGCAGGAGCACAGGUGCAGUUACACACAUUCCAUUGUUAAAAUGUUUUUCCCCGUUGCUGCAACACUGUGGUGAAUUGUUAAUGAUGGGGUGUUCAUUCAAACAGUUUAUGUGUCAUCACUACAACUGUUUGGGAACAUUUCAUUUUGUAUGUGUGUGUGUGAGAAGGAAACAGAGAGAGAUUCAGAAAUAAAUGGAAAGGAACAAGUCUGGAGUGGGAAUAAGGAAUAACACUGGGCAAAUCUGUGUUAAAUCUGUUUGUGAGAGAGCAGAAAAGAGAGAGCAGCGGCAUGUACUCUUUCUCUCACACACAUACACACGCACACACAUGUUCUCAUUGCUAGAAUGGAACUCGAGCAGAAACACUAAACGCUCGCCUUUAAUAGCGUUCUAUACACAAUGGUCCACUUCCUUCCUGCAUGUUACUCUCAUAUUUAUGCUGAAAAUAUUGAAAGGAACCGGAUAUAAUUGUCAUAAUGUGAGAUUGAAGCAAAGGAGGCAUGUGAUUGGUUGAGAGCGGCAGGAUUUCCACAGUAUGCUCAGCUUUAUGAGGAUUCUCAGUUGCCUAUUGAAUUAUCUGCUGUGGAAAAGGACCAUGACUUCCUGGAUAAAGAUCUGGUGGAGCCCCUGUGCCGGCGGCUUCAAACUCUGAACAAGUGCGCCUCCAUGAAACUGGACGUGGGCUUUCCUAAGAAGAGAAGUGAGGACUGGGAUGAGGACGACCUGCUGGCCAUCAGCAACAGAUGGACAUUUGAGUGGAGCAGCCGCCGCUGGUCACGCCUGCAGGACGUAGAUUUCAUCCUGGGGGCAAGAGAUCUGCGGAGGAAUGUGAGCAGUGAGAGUGUCCUGACGGAUCUCAGCGAACCUGAGAUCUGCUCGCUGCACAGUGAGGACUCUCUUUCUGCCAUGCUCGAGUCUGCAUCUCACAGCCCUUUAAGCAUGCCCCAGUAUCAAGAUCCACCUUACUACAACACACUCCCUGCAAAGAGUGGUCGACACAAGCGCACUCGCGCCAAGGACUUCCUUCGGCGGAUGGAGACUCUGGGCCGCUCUUGGGGGGCAUUGCGGGCAUGUCCGGAGCGGCGCUCCAUCACAAUUAGUGGGCCAAUUCUGCAGAGUGAACCAGAGGCUCUACGAACGCUACGCUGCAUCCAAAAUCUUAACGGAGAGACAAUUAAGAAUGAAAACACACCAACAGCUAGCAACUGUCCAUCCUUUUUCACCACCAGUGUAGAGACCAGCCAAUCUGAAACUAGCAGCAGCAGUGAGAGCAAGCGCGAGAUGAAAAAGCAUAUUCCAGAAAAACACAAAACCAGCAAACGUGCAGGCAUGUAUAUGGAAAAUCUGAAUGUGCUUUCUCAUAACAGCCAAAAGAGGAGAUCAAUAGAACAAAAUUGCAGAAAUGAAUUUCAUUCAUAUGAGGAUUUGAUGGUACACAUCCCAAAGGACCACAAGCCUGGGACUUUUCCCAAAGCACUCUCCAUUGAAAGUUUGACUCUAGCCAAUGGGGAGGCAGGGAAACUGAGUGUUCAAGAUUCAGAUCAGCAUCAGCAAUUGAGGAACAGGAAAUGGGCAGGGCGUGAGAAUCGUCUCAUGACACGCUGCUGCCCACGAAGCAGCCGCAUUAGCAUUUAUGACAAUGUACCAGGUUCACACCUGUAUGCCAGCACUGGAGAUUUGAUGGACAUAGAAAGAGAGGAGGACCUGUUCCCACACCUGGAUGACAUUCUGCAGCAUGUUAAUGGCCUGCAGCAGAUUGUGGAUCACUGGUCCAAAAAUGUGCUGCCUGAGGAAGAAGGUGAAGGUAAUAGGGGACGGGACCAUGCGAUAAUGAACGCUCAGUCUUCUAGUCAGUUCACGUUGGAUUUUGAAGGGACUUCAAUGAACACACCUAGUGAUGGAGAUAGAGAUGGAGUUUCUUUGAAUGAAACAGAUCUUUUAAGCACAAGAGAGCGGCGCGACUCAGGGGUUGGCGCAUCACUCACUCGGCCUCGUCUCAGGUGGCCCAGUUUCAGAAUAUCCAAUCGCCUCAGUCAAUCCGGAACUACAUUACAGAUCUCCAGCCAAUCAGCAGGCCAGCUCAGCUUGCUGCAAAAGUUCUCAUUGCUGCGACUGACAGCCAUCAUGGAGAAAUAUUCAGUGUCCAACAAGCAUGGCUGGACGUGGUCAGUGCCAAAGUUCAUGAAGCGGAUGAAGGGACCAGAUUACAGGGAUAAGGGUGUGUAUGGAGUGCCUUUAGUUCACCAUGUGCAGCGCUACGGCCAGCCUCUACCUCUCUGCCUGCAACUAGCACUGCGCUACCUUCGGAGACAAUGCCUUGACCAGGUGGGUCUUUUCCGUAAGUCUGGGGUAAAAUCUCGAAUCCAAGCACUGAGACAGAUGUGUGAAUGUUCUCCAGAAAGUGUAGACUAUGAGGAUCAGUGUGCAUACGACGUGGCCGACAUGGUAAAGCAGUUUUUCCGAGACCUUCCUGAGCCACUGCUUACCAGCAAACUCGGAGAGACCUUUCUCCAUAUAUAUCAGCACGUCCCUAAAGAGCAGCGCUUGCAGGCAGUGCGUGCCGCCAUUAUGAUAAUGGCAGAUGAGAACCGUGAAGUGCUGCAGACCCUGCUGUGUUUCCUGAGUGAUGUCACUUCCUCUGUAGAGGAGAACCAGAUGACGCCGAUGAACCUGGCUGUGUGCCUUGCGCCAUCUCUAUUUCAUCUGAAUGUUAUGAAGAAUGACAGCCUUUCACCAAGGUCAAUCCAGCGAAAGUAUAGCACAGGACGCCCUGACCAAAAGGAUCUUAACGAGAACCUUGCUGCCACUCAGGGGCUCGCCCACAUGAUCACUGAGUGUAAUCAACUCUUUGAGGUUCCUCAGGACAUGAUUGCUCAAUCAAGGAACUCAUAUGUGGAGGCUGAGGUACAGGCGCCCCCUUUGGACGAGCUUUGCAAACAGCUACAGUUACAUGUGGAAGAGGAAGAAGAAGAGGAGGAGGAGGAGGAGGAGGAGGAGGAAGGCUCCUAUCGUUGCCACAUGGAGGGGCUGAUCCAGAACCUCCAAAAAGAAGCCAGAGACAAUUCUAAGUGCUGGAUGAACCAACCCACUACUAACAAUGUGGAGCUUGCAUUCAGAAAGGUGGGUGAUGGAACGCCAUUGCGGCGGUGGCGCGUCUCGGUUGAAGUGGAGGCUCCACCGUCUGUGCUGCUAAACCGGGUUCUGCGAGAGCGUCACCUGUGGGACAGUGAUCUCCUACAGUGGAAGGUUCUAGAGACACUGGAUAAGCAGACUGAAGUGUAUCAGUAUGCACUUAACAGCAUGGCUCCUCACCCGAGUAGAGACUUUGUGGUACUCAGGAUGUGGCAAACAGACCUACCAAAUGGUGCGUGUGCAUUAGUGGCAGUUUCCAUUGAUCACGAAGAUAGUGCAACUAUGGGAGGAGUUCGGGGCAUCGUUCUGGAGUCACACUACCUGCUUGAGCCCUGUGGGUCUGGAAAGUCGAGACUCAUACACAUCUGCAGAGCAGAUCUGAAGGGGAAGUCUCCUGAGUGGUAUAACAAAGCCUUUGGCCACAUAUGUGCUGCCCAGGCAGCUCGCAUUCGCAACUCCUUCCAACCUCUGGAUACUGAAGGCCCUGAGACCAAGAUCUGAGCUUGGCUAUGGAGUAUAACCUCGAGUCCAGGGUUUGAACCAGGAUCAACAGUACGAACAGGGUCAGAAUCAGGGUUUGGACCAUGUGACAUACUUUGUAUGCUGCAAUUUGUGAAGUUAUAUAAAGAAAAGUUUAGAAGGUAAUGUGUUCAUUUGAAAUAAGAAUGUAAAGAUGGAUCUCUAAAGAUGGAUUAAGUGUUGAAUGCUGGAUUUGCAAGAAUAAUUAUAAAUUUUCAUAGCUAUUAUUUAAAAUGCCUCAAGAGACAUUCCCAAAAAACACUAAUGCUUAUUUGGCAAUAACCUGUUAUUUAAGUUUUAUUCACAUGUUAACCUGUUAUUUAAGUUAUUUCACAUUUUAAAUAUCUAGUACUAGCGCUAGUCAAAACAACUGGACUUGUGGUAUAAUCGAGAGCUGAAUAUUUCUAGUAUAAGUCAUUUCAAAACAGAGUAUUUUUGCCAUCAGCAGUGUGUAACUCAUAAGUGAUGGCAGUUAUGCACUCAAUAUAGAAAAUUUUUCACAUACAUAUAAAUGAAGGGGGACACUUAUUUUUGGUCAGAUUCAGAGUUUUUGUUUGUUGAACUUUGUAAAAGGACAGUGGAGUGAUAAUCGGAAAUAAAGGCCAGAGAGUAAGUGAUACGAGGCCCUGCAGCAUCUUAGCUUUGCAUAUAAAUGCCGACAUUGUGAAAUGAUCUUCACAUCCUGGCACUAGUUCCUGCAGAUGUCUGUCAAUGAAGCAUAGAACUGUACUAAUACCUAUAGAUUAGAUUAUGCUUUAGCAUGCAACGCUGCGUUCACCAUCCUUUAGAUUACAUAGGUGAGAUUUAUUCAAUGUAUGGUGUUUCAUAAAAUAUUACUUAUGCUGUUUCAUUUCCGACUGAAACAAUAGAUAACUAGAUAAUUGUUAACGAUUUUUAGAAGCUAGGAAUAUUAUGUGAUUCACAGUGGGGGAAAAAAUGUACCAACUGACAUCCAAGUUUACAGUGUCAGAGUAUUAGAUUUGUGUUUUCUCUUCAUCAGGUUAACUACGUUUAAAAAAAAAAUCUACUUAGUACUUUUUUGGUGGCAUCAUCAUCAACAUCUGUACCAGUAUAUCAUAAUGUAAAUAGUAUAACUAUUUCAGACUUAAUUAUACUAAUAUACUAGUAUUCUGUGAUUAAUUUAACCCCAGAGAGCCACUUUAAAUACUCAAAUAAUGGGAAGAAAACUUGUUAAUUGGGACAGAUUUUCAAUACAGCUGUAAAAAACGACAACUGAGAUUCCUAGAGCUGGAUUUAACUGCAGAUUUGUGUGCAUACAUAAUCCCAGUUUCAGCUCAUGGACAUUUAUCCACAUAAGACAUUAAGUAUUAUUGUUCUUAUAAUUGCUAUUAUUAUUAUUAUUAUUAUUAUUUUUAUUAUUUUUAUUAUUAUUACUCAUCAUUUUGCUUCAAUGCUAUACAAUGUCUAGGACAUUAAUCCAUUUCAUUGCUUCUGAGAAGCAUGUCUGUAUUUAUUUUUAAAUACUGUAUAGCUAGAACCAAUUGUGGCAUUGUAUAUAUUUGCAUGUGUAUGUGAAGAAGUGUACAUAAACCUAUUUUACAGUAUAUUUUGUACAUAAGUGAUGCUAAUAGGCAGAUUUACCUGCUUCCUUUGCUUAUAGUUUUUUUUCAUGUCAUAUUGAUAUGUUGAGAAUAAUGCAAUACCUUCAUGCUGUUGGCGGCCUUUCUAGUGGUGUGUGUGUGUGUGUGUGUGUGUGUGUGUGUUUGUGUGUGUGUGUGUGUGUGUGUGUGUGUGCGUGCGUGUGUGCGCGUGUGAAGGACGUGAACUACAUGGCAGUGUAUGUCACUGGUUUCAGGCUCCAAAUAGUUUCCAAAGCUGCAGAAAGAAGAAAGGUGUCAUGAAUACUAACUUAGAGGCUGCAUACAGCCAGUUGAAAGACUAUGUACUGUGCCAAGCUGACCUGGGCCAUUUAAAAACCACCAGACAGUUAACAUUACGCUUUCCUUUUUUGGUUCACAUGCAUCUCAACUUGAACCAAAUCUAAUGCACAAUUGUGUGUCUGUCUAAAUUGUAUAAAUAAUGUUAUUUUUGUCUGCGCUGCUUCCAAUAAUACAAAUAUGAAAUAAAAAAUGCGCUCAUCCCAUUAUGAUGAUCAGGAAACAAAUGCAUUGCUCACAAAAGGCUUCUUCUUUUCCAAAGACUAAAUGUGAAUACAUGUGACCUCCAAAGCUAAAUAAUGUUUAAAUUCUCUCCCAGCAGGCAGCUAACAGCAGGAUGCUGGUAUUUUGUCUAUUCAGAGAGUUAUCAUUUUUCAUAGCAGCACAGCAAGAGAUAAUAUGCACAUGCUUUAUAAAGACAGGAAAAAAUGCUUUCUAAAGAUGUUUAAAUGGGCUAAGAUGAGUAGCUGUGACCUUCAGACUAAAACCUUACAGUGAUAUUUACACUAUCUUUCUCUUUUCUGCAUGGUAUGUGUGUCAGUAUGUGUCUUACCAUCUAUUUGUAACGAGUAAAAUAAAAACCUCUAAACACUCUUCA